GCCUCCUACGUCAAAUGACAAGUUGUCAUGUCAAGAUUUUGACAGUUUUCAUUUUUAUUUAUCUCGUAAUUAUCAAAUAGAAAGUGAAUUGCGAGUUUAUGAAAUAAUUUUGAGAAUAAUUAAUGGUAGAAAACAACAGGAAAUAUAUAAAAAUAGUGAUUAUAUAACGGUCAUAUCGUUUUUGACCUAAGUUCAGGGAUAAUAAGAAUGUUGUAGCUAUAACAAUUUGACAGAAGAACUGGGUGAAAACAUAGUAAAAAUAACAAGGUAUGAGUGCCGGUGGGCCACAGAUAAUGAACAACUUGCCACCUGGAGUCAAUGUGGACAAUAACUUGUUGCCUGGAGGUCCCAUAAUAAAUCCGACAAUGAAUAGAAAUAGGAAUAAUAACCAGAAUCCCUUGUUUAACAUGAGGGAGAGGUUAUUUCAUGCAUUAUUUUUCAAAUUUGCUCUAGCCUAUGCUCGGACAUUCCCGAGGCCAUUGCGGAGAUUCUUUGAGUUCCUUGUGCUUUUAAAAGCGCUAGUGGCGUUUUUCGUUCUUGCAUAUAUUCAUAUAGCAUUUUCAAGAACUCCUACAACAUGUUUGAACCAUGUGAAGGACUCAUGGCCGAGGGAUGGCAUUUUGAGAGUUGAGAUCCUGAGGAACCCAGCACAGGACUAUACCAUUGAACAAAGUUAUGCUAAGGAGAGGAAAUUGAAAAAGGAUAAAGAGGAAUUGAAUUCUAUGUUAGGAAUGUUGGCGACAGAAGGGUUCAUUAACAUUGAAUCGUCUACAAAUGACGAGGUUGAUGACGAUGAUUACAUUCGCGAUGGAACUGACUACGGUAAUAUUACAAGAGUUCAUGACGAUACUGAGGGAUCCUCUCCGGACAAAGUCAUUGAAACUGGGUCUGUGAAACCCGAUGGUGGAGGGACGAGUGAGGAGGUGGACCUCAAUGCAACAAUAGUCUCCGGAGCAGAUAUUGUUGAACAUUCUGCUUCGCUAUGGGAAGGUAUUAUGGGACUUGUUGAAGAUAUAGACAGAGAGUCUAAACUGGUUGACGAGUCUCUGGAGGAGUCUGCUUCUAACGACUCUUCUAAAGAUGAGGACUAUAUUCUCGAGUACUCCCUAGAGUAUGGCUUCCUUCGCCUAUCUCCGAGCGCGCGACUUCGUCUCAAAAUUCCGGUCAAAAUAGUCACAUUAGAUCCACAACGCGAUGAGUGCUUCGGAGAUCCCUUCUCACGAUUGGUGCUUGACGAAUUCUUGGGGUAUGACGACUUGCUCAUGGCAUCCAUCAAGACCUUAGCUGAGCAGGAGGACAAUAAGGGAUAUCUGAGGCAUAGUACUGAGUAUGGAAGUAUGUAA